AUGUCCAUUGUAUUGAUGGCGGCGGCUGUCAAUUCAACAAAGUUGAAUGUGCUGUAUUCUGGUUGGAUGGACUUGAUGAGUUACAAUCAGAUUGAUAUUCAGACUGGAAAGACUGUUGAGCAAUACUGUGACGUUCCCAAGUACUUCCACAUCCUCUCCAUGCUCAACUGCAAGACCAGUGGAGGUUAUGGUGGAGAUUUCAUCAUCUUUGCCAAGGUCAUGUGUAACACUGCUAACCUUGAGUACUGCUCCCAAGUCGUGACCUACAACUCUGGUUCUAACAAUAUCACUCCAGUGACUGGAUACAUCCCAGAGCCAAAGUAUUGGAAUAAUAAGGCAAUUGGUCAGGGACUUUAUGGAUAUAACUCAAUGACCCAGACUGUCUACUAUCUUGCCCAGGACCAAGGUAGCAAGAUGAUAGGUGUUGUUGCUGCCUCAGGAAGCCCACCAUCAAAGACAUUCAAUGUGUUCCCCACCCCAAAGGACUAUGUGAAUGUUGGAUCAUUCUAUGAUGCCUCUACCGAGUCAUUCUACGUUGCAAUGCUUGAUGAAACUUCAAGACUCACCAUCACCAAGUAUGAUGUGUUGAACUCCGGAGUCAAUCAAUCUGCUAUGAGCUUGGGUGUGUCGGUCGAUCCCUCGGACCAAGGCUUCUUCUCAAUCUUUGUCUAUGACAACAUGUUGUACGCAGCCGUCGCAUCAAAGAAUACCGACUCUGAGCAGGACUUCCCACUGUGGAUUGGAUCAGUUGAUUUGGAGACCAAUGUAGUGACCCCAAUCAUCCAGCAAUCGGGUGUCUCUGUCAACUUCUCACCAUAUGCCAUGUAUCCAUUCGCCUUUGAGCCCGCCACUGGAUUCCUCUCAGCAUACGUCCAGCCCAAGAACGCUACUUACGAUGAUCCCAACAUUCUCUACUUGGUCAACAUGUCAAAUGGUCAAUUCACCAAGUCUCCCGUCACCUUCCAAAAUCAGAUCACAAUUGAUAAUGGAGCUGAUAUCAUCUUGUCACCAUACUAG